AGUUCUGAUUAAUUUUUUGUUGUAGAAAACAUGGGGUUAACGAACCCUUGGUCGGAUUUAAACUUUAAAAAAUUGUUUAAACGAGAUGAAAUCAUCAUGGACGAUUUUGUUUUUCGUCUGCAUCAUCAGAUAAAUUUUUUUGUUCUUGGACUGGGAGUACUAUUUAUAUUCGCAGAAAAUUAUCUGGACGGCCGAGCAAUUGUUUGCAGGGGCGCUGAUGAAUACGCGAAUAAGUUCUGCUGGCUUCAUGGUACAGGAUACAUUGGAGCGGAUUUGGAGAAUCAGCUUGGGGCGUUCAGUGGUGCAAAUUCUGAAUGCAGAAUGUCCGCUAACAUUCAAGGUCUGGAUAAGAGUAGAGCAGAUGAAAGAAUGACCUCCUAUUAUAUCUGGCUACCCUUUCUCCUUCUUGUCUGUAUGGGGCUUUCAAAGCUUGCAAGGACGUUAUGGAAGGAGGUGCUUGAAGGGGGUUUGCUGAAAGAUCUGCUCCUGCGAAGGAGGCAGGAGACAAUAUGCGGGGAAAAAAUUGCUUGUGAAUUUAAACUGCAAGGGAAGAGAAAACUACUCAACUAUGCUUUGUUUUAUAUCUUCUGUGAGGUACUGAACCUACUAAGUGUACUGCUAUGUGUGGGGGUGUUUGAUAAGAUACUUUUCAACAGAUUCUGGUCCUAUGGCAGCGACUUCAUUACCUAUACUUCUAGUGAGCGUGGGUCUGGAGUAAGCAAUCCCAUGUGUGAAAUAUUCCCAACAGUAGUUUCCUGUAGUUUUGUAUCAGGAGGGAGCUCUGGAGGUUCUGAUUUGAAUAAUCAUAUCUGUAUUCUAUCCAACAAUCUGUUCAAUAUGUACUACUUCCUUAUUCUCUGGUUCUGGUGGAUUUUUCUCAUCUUAGUUUCCUUGGUGCAGAUUAUAUACAGGUCACAUUUCCUUGGUGCAGAUUAUAUAAAGGUAACAUUUCCUUGGUGCAAAUUAUAUAUAGGUAACAUUUCCUUGGUACAGAUUAUAUAUAGGUAACAUUUCCUUGGUGGAGAUUAUAUAUAACUAACAUUUCCUCGGCGCAGAUUUUAUUUAGGUAACUUAUCCUUGAUGCAGAUUAUAUACAGGUAACAUUUCCUUGGUACAGAUUAUAUAUAGGUAACAUUUCCUUGGUGCAGAUUUUAUAUAGGUAAUAUUUCCUUGGUGCAGAUUAUAUAUAGGUAUCAUUUCCUUGGCGCAGAUUUUACUUAGUAACUUAUCCUUGAUGCAGAUUAUAAAUAGGUAACAUUUCCUUGGUGUAGAUUAUACUUAGGUAAUAUUUCCUUGGUGCAGAUUAUAUAUAGGUAACAUUUCCUUGGUGCAGAUUGUACUUAGGUAACAUUUCCUUGGUGCAGAAUAUGAUUAGGUAACAUUUCCUUGGUGCAGAUUGUACUUAGAUAACAUUUCCUUGGUGCAGAUUAUAUAUAGGUAAUAUUUCCUUGGUGCAGAUUAUAUAUAGGUAUCAUUUCCUUGGCGCAGAUUUUACUUAGUAACUUAUCCUUGAUGCAGAUUAAAAAUAGGUAACAUUUCCUUGGUGCAGAUUAUACUUAGGUAACAUCUUAGUUUCUUUGGUGCAUCUUAUAUAUAGGUUACAUUGCCUUGUUGCAAAUUAUUCUUAGGUAACAUUUCCUGGGUGCAGAUUAUAUAUAGGUUACAUUGCCUUGGUACAGAUUAUCUAUUUUAGGUAACAUUUCCUUGUUGCAAAUUAUUCUUAGGUAACAUUUCCUGAGUGCAGAUUAUAUAUAGGUUACAUUGCCUUGGUACAGAUUAUACUUAGGUAACAUUUCCUUGGUUGAGAUUAUGCUUAGGUAACAUUCCUUGGUGCAGAUUAAAAUUGGGUAACGUUUCCUGGGUGCAGAUUAUGUAAGCUUUUUUAAACUCUUGCGUAAAAAGAGAAACGAGGUCACAAAGUCGUUCUAGUGAACUCCCUAAUAUUUUACCUUCUCGUGCUGUAUAGUGUGCAUUUGCAAUAACAUUUACCCUUUUCAUCAUAUAAAAAAUUAACCCACAAAAAAAUGUGACAUCCAAGAAAAUCAGGUUUA